AUGGACAACAAGGACCAAGCUGUCCAAAAAAGACCAAGAGAGCCACUCUUUGAUACUGAGGAGAAUAUCUUGACAACUAGCGACAGCGAGAAUGGGCAGAAGAGACGUCGUCUGGCCGUUGAAGGUGUCGAAAACCAGAAUCCUCAGCGGCAGACUGGUGGCACUCCCAGCAGGCCGCACCCGCGGUGGGUAGGGCUGGAGGUGAAACCAGACACACCAGCUAUUGCCUCCGUCCAGUCCAGACUGCAGCAGCUAACCCGAGGACAACAGGGAGCGGGAGCUCCAUUAGAGCGGUUUUCCUCAGAUCCAGGGGAGGGAUCCUCCGGCCCUGUCCCCCUUGUUGUGGUUGAAGGCUGCAGGACAGAUAUUUGUCACAUUGGUGAGAAUGAGUUCAGUUCCAGAGUGGAGCGAUUUGAAACCACCAUCACCCCUCAGAGCAGUCCUUCCCGCUCCACACCAUCCCCAUGGAAGGGCCCCUCUGGUUUUGUGCACAACAUCCAGCAGCAGCUGCAGACUUCUGAGACACAGAGCACUACAAAGGCUUUGCUUAUCCGCAAGGAGAGAGAAGAUGAACUCCGUCGCCUCAUUAGGCAGCCGGUCGCAGAAAAUAUGUGGCUGAAGAGGAACUGGUCCGACCCCACACUGGAUCGGGACGACACCAGUGUUCAGUCUGAUGACAUUGGAGACUUGCCCAUUUCUACAGAAACUGCUCCGUCCGCCGGUCCAGAGCCAUGUCUCACAGAUAAACAUGCAGAGUGUGACAUGAACUCCCACGAGGAAAUGAGCACUUCAGCCAUGAUUGACAAGAUGUUUGAGGAUGUUCUGCAAGCUGCAGACCAAGAGGAAGAGAAGGAGAAAGAUGGGGUUGAUGAAGAGAAGACAAGAGCAGGCACUGACAACGUUGCAAGAGCAGAAACCAACGAGAACAUACAAACAGAAACGGAUGAAGGAGUGGUAACAGAGGAUGAAAAAGAUGAGGUUUUUGAUCUCUGCGAGGAAGACCACAAAGAGAAAGCUGAUAAAGUCAAAGAUUGCAGUGAUAAAGAUGAGGAAGAAACGAAAGAAGAGACUCAUCUGAGUGGUAACGAGGAUGAUUUGCUUACCCUGCCACCCAGCUGUGUCCUUUCACCACUCAGCAACUCAGUGGAGGCAGCUGUCACCCCACUGAGACUUACAUCCACUGUGCCCAAACCAUCAGUCUUGAUUCUUCCCCCCGAGGAUUUAAGUACACCUCCUCCAGAGAGCAUACCACCUCUGUACAGCAUCGACGCGUACCGCUCCCAGCGUAAGACCGCUCAGCCGACUUUUCAGAGCGUGACCCCUGGGGUACAGAGACGGGUUCCCAAAACGUCGUGCCUCACGCCAGCCAUCAACACAAAGGAAAGGAUUAAGGUUUUGAAUGAAGAGGCAGUGAAGUUGGAGAGAGUCAUCAGUCAGACGCUCCAGGCCCUGAGCUGCUGCAUAGACGAGGAGCACGGGAAAGGCUCACUGGAGGAGGCUGAAGCCGAGAAACUCCUACUCGUCUCCAGUGAGAAGCGCACAGCCCUUUUGGCAGAGGUGUGCAGACUGAGGGAGGAGAACACAGGAAAAGCAGGCAGAGCCGAGGCGGAGUCUGACAGUCCUCCGAUGCAGCCAUGCAGGGGAACCAUCACCAUCAGUGACGUCCAGCUCCCACUCAAAGUGGAGUUUGUGUGCUCAGCCCACGCUGGUCGUCCCACUCACUACUUCUUUGUCCUCAUUCGUUAUGGGCCCUGCAACAUCGUGGCCACCCCAUUGGCCACUGCAGCUGAUGCUAAGAAUGGAGAUACCAUCUCUUUUCCUACCCUGAUCUCUCUCCAGGACAUCCGCUCAAACUUUGAGAUUGAUGUGGAGGUCUACAGUCUGUCUCAUAGCCUAGGUAAUGCCCCCAACAGUACUCCUCAGCAGUACCGCAGCUCCACCAGGUCAAAGGUUACAAGGAAGGUUCUAAACAGCAUCACGAAAUCCAGCCACAGUAUGACACCCACUACCCAGGCUGCUCUCAUCUCCCGCCGCUCCUCUAACUUCACCCUGGUCGGCUCUCACAAGAUCACCUUGGCCUCAUUAGGACAGAACAAAUUCCCUUUGGACAAGGUGCCUUUCCUCUCACCUCUAGAGGGACACAUCUAUCUUCGCUUGGAUAGCGAGAGCCACUCAAAUGUUCAGCACCAGGGCUUUCUGACCAUGUUUGAGGAUAAGAACGGAUUUGGCGCUUGGCACCGACUUUUCUUUGUCCUGGAAGGAGACCGCCUCCUUUAUUGGAACCACCCCAAUGAGAUGGGAAACAAGCCUCCAGAGGGCACCAUCCCUCUGUCUCGCUUCACCAGUCAGUGUGUGAAACCGGUGAAAAGAGACUCCUGUGCACGGCCUUUCACCUUUGAACUGGUGAGCACUAAGACUUUGGAGCAAGAGGAUAAGGGACCCCACGUACUGACAAAGUGCUGGUUCGCAGCAGACUCUUCAAAGGAGCGUACUGAAUGGAUGGAGAAACUAAACCAGGUGCUCUUGGACCUACGCACAUGGACUCAGCAACCCGGUCCUGCCGACAACCAUCAGCCCAGUACCUCUUUCAACAGUGGGACAUCCAGAGAAAGCAUCCUAUAG